CAACACGACGUGCGAAGUCUCCAAGUUCUAUCCGUUCGAUCUCCAUCAGACGGCUCCACUCGCCUUGUCAGUCGUCAUUAAUAGCUGUGCCCGAAUCCAAACCCUAACUCGCCCUCUCACUCUCUAUCCACCCCGACCGGCGACGACGUGAAGCGCCUUAACCGCCAUCAGUUCAGUCCCCCUCUUCAGAUCUUGAUCUCGGAGGGAACCGGACAAGUGGUGAAACGAAAUCGGCGUCAGGGUAUUGAGACUAACUGAAAUUAAGGAGGGGAGACGGAAGGAUUCGGGAUCCGAUCGGGCUUUCACCAUGGGCGGGUGAUCGGAGUUGAUCAUGGGGAGGUUCUUGGGGUGCCGAGAUGGCGGUGGUGAUGAGGCGACAAGCGAGACCGGAGGGCCCUAGCGCUGCGCGGAGGAAGCUGUACGGGGCGGCCGAAGCGGAGAUAGGGUCCCGGGUGUUCCCACUGCCGGCGCCGGCACCGCAGCCCAUGCCGUCGGUGGGGGCUCGGCGGUCGACGAGGGUGUUCGUCGCCAAGCCUUCCUCCGUUGCUGUGGCUGCGAAUGCCUGCGGCGACGGCGACUCCAGGAUCCUGCGGUCCGGGAAGCGGCUCGCUGUGUGGAAGCGCAGGGAUGAGUGGUUGGAUGUCUUUAGCGGCGGUACCGCGGAUCUGCAGUGGUGGAAGCGGGAGGAUGGCGAAAGGCGGGAAAAUAGGGACUCCAUUGUGUGGAACGAGCCGGAGGCUCGUGCUGCUGGGAUCGUGAGGGAACUGCCGGAAUCCUUUGUUCCCAAGAACUCUCUGGAUUGUCCGCAGACUAAGAAGUUUGGGAUGGUUUAUGGGCGUAAGCGGCAGAGGCAGCUUCCUAGUGACGCAGGGUCACCAUCUUCGUCUGUUGGAGAUGGGGAUUCCGAGAUCGAAAAAAGAUACGGCUUGGUUUUCAUGCGGAGAGGUCGCAGGAAGAGACUAAAGGUAGCGCAUGUACCUCUGGUAUUCGAACGAGAGCGGGUGGAGAUCUCGAACGAAAGAGGUGUUGUGAAGAGACAGCCUAGAGUUGCAGUAUCUUCAGUGAAUGGCGUGAAGAAGAUCGGUAUUAAGGAACGUAGUCUGUGCAUUACCACAGGUGGUCCUGUGGUCCUCUCACUGAUCGUGGAAUCUUCUUGCGUCGGUAGUUCACUCUUGUUUCCAAGACUCCUAAUUGCUAUACUUAGAUGGACGAGGAGGGUCACGGUGACUCUUUGGGAGUUUGCUGCCUUCCUACUAUCCGGGUCGUUGGCAAGUGUCUUCUCUCAGCAUGGAGUCCAUAUAUUGCCACUCCAACGAGACAGAGAUAAUAUGGUGUUGACAAAUGCUUUGCCUUCUUGUGGGUUAUGUAAGAUUUAUGGUUCUAGACAGUCGGUUCCUAUAAUAUGGCUUGAUAUUUCGGCCCUUCCGUCCUACUUUAGGAGCUUGCAUGUCAGCUUUCUUCUUGGUUCACUUUAUUUACCUCGUGUUCUUGCGAGGACCUUAAUGGUCUCACAUGUUGAUCCCUACGUAGCUGUUAAUUGCGGAGAAAAUGAUUCUCAUGCUCUUGUGGAGGCAGAUUAUUUGGGAACUAAACGUUUAAGGCUUCAUUCUAUGGAUGUAUACGAACAAAAUGAUCUAGUUGAUGCUUAUAGAUCAUUUACCCAAAAUGCAAUUUCGUUUAGUGGUUUAAGGCCAAAUAAGCACCGCAGGAGAAGAAGUUCCUCAAGGUUUCUAAGUAGUCAGAACCCGGGUUUGAUGAGCUCAUGUACAGAUACAGCAAGUCAGAAUGGUUCUAGUGUUUUAUCAGAAGAUAAAGCAAGUAGUUUCCCAGAACUCAUGGUAAAGCCAAUGUUUGUUGAUGUGCCUGAUGCCUGUGGUGAGGACUCCAGUUGCAAAGAUGAGAGUGAUGUCUCAAGUCCACUUAGUUCUCAGGGAAAGCAGAAGAAGUCUCCCAAGAAGAGCCCCGUGGAGCAGAAUAAGGAACUAAAGUCUGCUUUGGCAGAGGUGAAGCGAAAUAUAGACUCUGUACAUUGCAAGGCAAAUGUUCUGGUUACCGAUGCAGACAGGUGUUGGAGAGAGGAAGGUUUUGAAGUCAUGUUGGACAUGUUGGCCCCGAAGGACUGGUGCAUAACUGUGAAGUCACAUGGUCAAGUGAGGUACCUGCACAGGCCUCUGGACAUGAGGCCUUGUUUUGUCAAUCGGUUCACUCAUGCCUAUAUGUGGGCUGGAGAAGAUAGAUGGAAGCUUGAGUUUUUGGAUAGGUGGGACUGGCUUGUUUUCAAGGAAUUGCAUGCAGAAUGCCGAGAGCGUAACCUGCAGGAGGCUUCCUUUAGGAUGAUUCCAGUGCCCAUCUUUGAGGAGGUCUCCGGUACCGAGGCAUGCGCUGCUACUUUUGUACACCCUGAUGAAUACAUCAGGAUGGAGGAUGAUGAAGUUCAGCGAGCUCUAUUUAGCAAAAUUGCUAGGUAUGAUAUGGACUCAGGGGAUGAGCAGUGGCUUGAUGAGUAUAAUUCUAGCAUUCGACAUAUGGAUCUUGGCGAAUUGGCUGUUACAGCAGACAACUUUGAGAAAAUAAUUUAUGCAAUGGAGAAGGAUGCUUUCAGCAAUGUGGAUGAUGUAUUUGAUAAGGAGAAGGCAUUAGAUCUUUAUCAGAAUUUUGGAAUGAGAGAGAUGUUGGGUGCUGUUUAUGACUACUGGAUAAGAAAGAGGAACAAGAGAUGUGCUGCUUUAGUUCGAGAGUUCCAGGGUCCACCUUUGCGAAGGGCAAAGUUCAUACACAAACCAUUUGUGCGCAAGAAGAGAUCUUUCAAUAGGCAACGUAGCCAGAUAACUAGAACAAAGCUGGUGGUCACCUCUCAAGUUGAACCACACGAGGAGGCCUUGCAGAGGGUACAGGAAGCCAAGAAUGCUGCUAACAAAGCUGUUGAGCUUGCCAUCCAUUUACGUGGUAGAGCUCAGAUGCUCUUGUCAAAUGCUGAGCUUUUAGUGUACAAAUCUGUCAUGGCUCUCAGAAUCGCGGAGUCUAUUGAGGCAUGUGAUACAUCGGAUCCUGCUCCAAUGAUUCUGGACUGAAUGCAAGGGGCUAUCUGAUAUCUGUGCCCUGUCAUGGCUCUUAGAAUUAUGGAGUCCAUUGUGGAAUGACUACCAGCGGUUGAGAUUGUACAGGAACACUAUAUAACAAAAAAAGAACAACUGUUCGCCUAAUGGACUUUUUGUUGUUGUUUUUUUUGUGCUGCCGGAUGGUUCUCCAGCAGAGUAAUGUGAUAGGACUGUUUUCAAAGCCAUUUUUGAGGUCGGUUAGUGAAAAUUGUGCCGAUCAACCAUAAUCUUUGUAUAAAAUGAGACGAUCCCUAUAUUUUGUAAAUUGUAUCAUUCUUGCGUUA